AUGGUGGCUUUCGGCACCCAACCUACCGAUUCCUCGAUUAGGUCAACCUCCUUCUCCAGGACACGUGGCAGGCUCACAAUCUAUGUCUACAGUUCCACAUCGAAAAUCUACACAACAAGCACACCUCCCAAGACUUGUAAAAGGAUUACAAUUCCCCAAAAUGGAGGUAAUCAGAACUUACGGCACACUGCUUAUUGGUCUGUCAGUUUAAUCUUUCCAACUCCGUACUUACUUAAGCAUCGGAGAGCCUUCAGCCGGUACCACACAGGUGCCCAAUGUCUUACCGAGCGUGUUCUAUUUUACAGAUCACGUGCUCCACCGAGGCCCAAAGGCAUACCGAAGGCCAACAUCACUAAGUUGAGCGGGAAAGUUAUUGAACUAUUUUUCCGCGUCAACAGAAGGCAACCACUUAACGGGGAACAUUCCACGCUCCAUAUGGGGUACUUACUAAACCUCAAAUCGUUGCACUGGCGAAAUAAUCACCUGUCCGGAGAAUUACCUUCAUCCCUACAGAGCUGCACCAAGUUGUUAGUUGUUGACCUUGGUGGAAACAAGUUUGACGGAAGCUUACCACUGUGGAUAGGGAGCCUUUCAGAUUUGCUAGUUCUGAACUUUCGUUCAAAUAAGCUUCAGAGCAGCAUUCCUUCUGAAUUCUGUAAUCUCAUAAACCUCCAAAUCUUGGACCUCGCAGAUAACAAUCUUUCAGGAACAAUACCAAGAUGCUUCCACAAAUUUAGUGCCAUGGCCACAUUGUCGAAAUCAAACAGUCCGAAUAUUUUGUUGUACGACAUUUAUUCUUAUGGGAGGUACAUAGUUGAAGCAAUCUUGGUGACCAAAGGGAGAGAAGUCGAAUACAGAGAAAUUCUUGGAUUGGUAACAAGCAUGGAUCUUUCCAACAACAUUAUAUCCGGAGACAUCCCUGAGGAACUGACCAGCCUCCUCUGUCUGCGAACACUGAAUUUAUCAGAAAAUCUUUUGACUGGAAGAAUUCCUUCAAACAUUGGGAACAUGACACGAGUAGAAUCUCUUGACUUUUCGAUGAACCAACAUGAUGGUGAAAUUCCUCAAAGCAUGACGAGUUUGACAUUUCUAAGUCACUUAAACUUGUCCCACAACAACUUGACAGGACGGAAUUCAAAGCCUUGA